CAAGCUCCCACUAUAAAAGCGUGUGUGUGUGUGUGUGUGUGUGUGUGUGUGUGUUUUAAACUUCAGUUUCACUUUCGAGAUUGCAGUAAACUUGCCACACACAGCUACCCAAUGAAAACGUCUGUAUUUGGACUCAUAAGAAAAGGAACAGCCAGCAUUCGUCGGCACCAGUGAAGGCAGAAUUAUGAUACGGAAUACGCCUUAUCAUAUCUGCUCCUUUGGGGGACUGUUGUUCUUUUGGAUUCUGGGUACAUCCUCUAGCAACAAAUGCACGGUGAGACAGGAAUUGGCCGAUUGCAGUCAUCUCAAGUUGACUCAAGUACCUGGUGACCUCCCCAGGAACAUAACAGUGUUGAAUCUCACCCACAACCAGAUCAAAAGAUUGCCACCUGCCAACUUUACAAGAUACAGCCUACUUACUAUCUUAGAUGGAGGAUUUAACACCAUCUCAAAAUUGGAGCCAGAAUUGUGCCAAAACCUUCCUCUUCUGAAGGUGUUGAAUCUCCAACACAAUGAGCUCUCUCAGCUCACUGAUAAAACCCUCUUCUUCUGUACAAACUUGACUGAACUCCAUCUACAGUCCAACUCAAUUCAGAAAAUUCUAAAUGAUCCCUUUAAAAACCAGAAGAAUUUAAUCAAAUUAGAUCUGUCUCAUAAUGGCUUAAAAUCUACAAGACUGGGAACUCAGCUCCAACUGAAAAAUCUCCAAGAGCUUAUACUGUCAAACAAUAAAAUUAAGGCACUAAGAAGUGAAGAACUUGCUUUCCUUGGUAAUUCUUCUUUAAAAAAAUUAGACUUGUCAUCAAAUCAAAUUAAAGAGUUUUCUCCGAGGUGUUUUCAUGCAAUUGGACAAUUGUUUGGUCUCAGUCUGAACAAUGCCCAGCUGGGCCCUAAUCUCACAGAAAAGCUUUGUUUGGAGUUAUCACACACAAGCAUUCAGAAUCUGUCUCUGAGUAACACCCAGCUGACUAGAAUCAACAACGUGACUUUCCUGGGACUGAAGCCCACCAACCUCACCAUGUUGGACCUUUCCCACAAUAGUCUCAAUUCGAUCGAUGAUGACUCCUUUGCCUGGCUCCCACAUCUAAAAUAUCUCUUUAUGGAGUACAAUAACAUAGCACAUUUGUCUUCUCACUCCCUUAAUGGACUUUCCAAUGUGAUAUACCUUAACUUAAAGCGAUCUUUUUCUAAACAAACUAUGUCCCUUGCCUCAUUGCCCAAGAUUGAUGAUUUUGCCUUUCAGUCGCUAAAAUGCUUAGAACAUCUGAACCUGGAAGACAAUGAUAUCCCAAGUAUAAAAAGCAACAUGUUUACAGGACUGGUAAACCUGAGGUAUCUAAGUCUAUCCAACUCCUUCACAAAUGUACGAACUUUAACAAAUGAAACAUUUUUGUCACUUGCUCAUUCUCCCUUACUCAUCCUCAACCUAACCAAAAAUAAAAUCUCAAAAAUAGGAAAUGGUUCUUUCUCUUGCCUGGGCCACCUAAAAGUGCUUGACCUUGGUCUUAAUGAAAUUGAGCAAGAACUCACUGGCCAGGAAUGGAGAGGACUUGCAAGCAUUUUUGAAAUCUACCUUUCCUACAACAAAGGCCUGCAAUUCACCAGCCACUCCUUUGCCCUGGUUCCAAGCCUUCAAAGACUGAUGCUGCGAAGGGUAGCCCUUAAAAAUGUGGAUAUUUCCCCUUCGCCUUUCUAUCCUCUUCAUAACUUGACCAUUUUGGAUUUAAGCAACAACAACCUAGCCAACAUAAAUGAUGAAAUGUUGGAGGGUCUUGAAAACCUAGAAAUUCUGGAUUUGCAGCACAACAACUUGGCAAGACUCUGGAAACAAGCUAACCCUGGUGGUCCUGUUCUUUUCCUCAAGGGUCUUUCCCACCUUCAUAUCCUCAACUUAGAGUCUAAUGGCUUCGAUGAGAUCCCACCUGGGACUUUCAAGGGCUUAGCUCAAUUACAGAGCAUCAACUUAGCCUUGAAUAACUUGAAUAUACUUCCACCAUCUGUCUUUGAUGAUCAGGUAUCCCUGAGAUCACUGAACCUUCAAAAGAAUCUCAUAACAUCCGUUGACAAGAAUGUUUUUGGGUUAAUUUUCAAGAACCUGAGUGAUUUGGAUAUGCGCUUUAAUCCAUUUGAUUGUACUUGUGAAAGUAUUGCUUGGUUUGCUAAUUGGAUUAAUAAGACACACACCAACAUCUCUGAGCUAUCAAGUCAUUAUCUUUGCAAUACUCCACCUCAGUAUCAUGGCUUCCCAGUGAUGCUUUUUGAUACAUCAUCCUGCAAAGACAGUGCACCGUUUGAACUCCUUUUCAUGGUCAAUACCAGUUUCCUAUUGUUUUUUAUCUUAGUUGUACUGCUUGUCCAUUUUGAGGGCUGGAGGAUAUCUUUUUAUUGGAAUGUUUCAGUACAUCGAAUUCUCGGUUUUAAAGAAAUAGAUGGACAGCCGGAGCAGUUUGAAUAUACGGCAUAUGUGAUUCAUGCCUACAAAGAUAGAGAUUGGGUGUGGGAACACUUUUCCCCAAUGGAGGAAAAAGAUCCAUCUCUCAAAUUUUGUCUGGAAGAAAGAGACUUUCAGGCAGGUGUUCUUGGACUUGAAGCAAUUGUCAAUAGUAUCAAAAGAAGCAGAAAAAUUAUUUUUGUUAUAACACGGCAUCUUCUGACAGAUCCAUUAUGCAAAAGAUUCAAGGUAUACCACGCAGUCCAGCAAGCUAUUGAACAAAACCUGGAUUCCAUUAUACUGAUUUUUCUAGAGGAUAUUCCAGAUUAUAAACUUAACCAUGCACUCUGUUUACGAAGAGGAAUGUUUAAGUCUCGCUGCAUCUUCUAUUGGCCAGUUCAAAAAGAACGGAUAAAUGCUUUUUACCAUAAAUUGCAAGUAGCGCUUGGAUCUAGAAAUUUAGUACAUUAAAUGAGGAAAGAAAGAACUUUCUCAAUUGAAAAAGAUGGAACUCAAGUUUUACUUGAAAACAAUAUAAUCUGCAUAUUGAUAUUUACAGAUGUUGAUAUUCUACCACAGUUAUAUCUCAUAUAUGAAGAUGUGUCUCCACUGACACAAUUCAGGAGACAUGUUGGCAAUUGAAUUGACCGUCAGUAAACAUUUUAGUGUAUAAGAAAGUACAUCUUCCAGCUAGUAAAUACACAAUUGGUCACUGAAGCCUGUAAUAAAAGCUUUUAAAUAUUCUUUAUUGAAAGAAAAGUUAAUUAUGCGUAUGUUCAUGAUGAUUAUUUUUGGAUGCACUAAAACCAAAUGCAAGAUAUCUGUUUUAAUGGGUAUGAUGCUACUUAAAUUGUAGAAGAAUGAAAUACAAGGGUAACUCAAAAAGUUUAUGGAAAAUGAAGUGAAAUCAUUAUAUUUUUCACACAUCAUUUAAAGAUCUCCUGGUUGCAUUUAUAGUUUAAAAGGCUAAUUACAUGAUUUUUCCCAUUGAAAAGGAUUGUAUUUUAGUGUUGCUUGUCCAGGGGUGAUUCUGCUAAAUGCUUACAUAUCUUUUUAAUAUGCACUCAAGGGCAGAAAAAGUUUGCAAUUCACUUUGGUUUGUGAGUGAAGUAAAUAUGUAACUAAAUACUUGUAUUAUCCUGGGAUUUAAAUUGUUUCUACAGGAGAGUAGAAUGUUCCUCCCCUGAUCACUGACUCAAGAGAUGGAAUUGGUCAAAUUGUUUGAUCCCUCUGAAAUUUUUUGACUCUUUACCUUGAAAAUGCUGAUGAUAAACAUACUUUAAGUAUUUCUAUGUGGUUAGUUGCCGGAGGCCAGCUCUGGCUGACUCGAGAGCUUGCAAAGAAUGAGUGGCUCGGUGAGAUGACAAGAAGAAGAAAUAAGACGUGGAC